GAACAUACCUUGUCAGUGCCAGCAGUGAUACAGGCUGAGGAACCACCCCUCACUACAGGCUGAGGAACCACCCCUCACUACAGGCUGAGGAACCAUCCCUCACUACAGGCUGAGGAACCACCCCUCACUACAGGCUGAAGUACCACCCCUCACUACAGGCUGAGGUACCACCCCUCACUACAGGCUGAGGAACCACCCCUCACUACAGGCUGAAAAACCACCCCUCACUACAGGCUGAAGAACCACCCCUCACUACAGGCUGAAGAACCACCCCUCACUACAGGCUGAAGAACCACCCCUCACUACAGGCUGAAGAACCACCCCUCACUACAGGCUGAAGAACCACCCCUCACUACAGGCUGAAGAACCACUCCUCACUAAUCACAUAUUCUUAACAUGGAGAUUUCCGAGGACAUUUUUGGUACAUUUUCGGAUCCCGACUCCGGGAAAGAGAUUCCUAUUAAGCGUUAUACUCUGAGCACAGGAAGUUCACCAGGAUUUAAGUUUCAAGUUAUCUCUUACGGUGCAGGAAUAAGUGACAUUGUGGUCCCGGACAAGACAGGGAAGGAAGACCACGUCACUCUUGGUUUUGAUAAUUUAGAAGGUUAUGAAAAAUUUAGCUACCUGGGUAGUAGCAUUGGACGUCACGCCAAUCGAAUCUGCAAAGGCAAGUUCUCCAUAGACGGCCAGUCAUACCAAUUAAGUAUUAACAACAAUGGAAAUCAUCUGCAUGGAGGCACAAGAGGCUGGGACAAGCAUGUUUGGGAGAGCUGUGUGAUAGAUGACACUGUUGUGUUCUCACGGUUAAGCCCUGAUGGAGAAGAAGGCUACCCCGGGAACGUAUUAGCACAAGUUACAUAUAGACUGAUUAAAGAGGGUGGACUUAGGAUUGACUUUGAGGCCAUGACUACACGUGCUACACCGAUCAACAUGACUAAUCACUGCUUCUUCAAUUUGGCUGGACAUGCUGCUGGACAGGAUGGAAUCUUUGAGCAUAUUGUGAAGGUAAAUGCUGACCGUUUCACCCCUGUGACAGAGGAUCUUAUACCAACAGGAGAGUUGGCCCAGGUCGAAGGUACUGGAUUCGACUUGCGUAAUCCAAUCACAUUUGGAAAAGCUCUUCCCAAGGUUCCUGGCAGUGGCAUAGACCACAACUUUUGUCUUAAUAAUAAGUGCCGGGGAGAGCUUGAGUUUGCUGCACAUUUCCACCAUCCACCAACAGGUCGGAUACUGGAUGUGUACACCAGUGAGCCGGGAGUCCAGAUUUACACUGGAAACUUUUUGCCACAAGAGAAGGGCGAGAUGGUUGGGCGAGGUGGGUGCUCUUACACCCACCAAGGUGCCUUCUGCUGUGAACCACAGAAUUUUCCAAAUGCCAUAAACCAGGAUAAUUUCCCAAGUGAUGUGUAUCAUCCUGGGAAGCCGUACAAACAUUCAAUGAUGUACAAGUUCAAAGUAGAAAAGUAAACUUACCGUUACCUUCGAGAAGCUCCGAGGGAAA